GGGCCUAUAAGGUCCAAUGAUAACUCGAAUCGGAUCGAGUGGUUACCCGAAACCUGAGACGACGACGAGACGAGAGAGAGACAGAAAAAGAUGAGCAGCUUCGCGAUUUCAUCUUCUUCCUCAUUCUCUCUUUCCAAUGCUUAUCAUCACCCUUCUCGUCUUCGCUUCAUUUCCCACAAACCUCGUUCCAACCUUGAGUUUUGCGGCUUACGCUUAAGUGGGGAGGCUCAAAGAACCUCCUUAAGAUGCAAUUGCUGCAGCAAAGGGAACAGAGGUGAAAACGAAAACAGAAGUGUGUUAGAUGCUUUCUUUUUGGGAAAGGCACUAGCUGAAGUUAUCAACGAGCGGAUUGAGUCUACUGUUGGAGAAGUUUUGGGUACAAUUGGAAGGUUCCAAGCUGAGCAACAGAAACAAGUUCAAGAGAUUCAGGAAGAGGUAUUUGAAAGAGCCAAGAAAGCUAAGGAAAGAGCAGCUCGUGAAACCAUGGAGGAACAAGGACUCGUUGCUCCCAAACCAGAAACCUUAAACCGAAAACCGGCUGCUGGUGUUGUUACCUUUGUAACUCCUACCUCGACCGUUGAAAGCAAGGAUAAAAGUAAUGAAAAUCUGUCAGGUUUCUCUGGAUCUUCAAUGGGUCGUGUAGUGGAAAGCUCAAGUUCUAGCGAUGAAGACAGUGUUGUUAACGAUGGUACCUAGGUCAAUUUCGAGAUUUGGUAAUAGUAGCAGGGACUUGUCUAAAACGGUUGUGAACACCUUCGUUGAUACAAUGUACUUGAAACAAUGAAAGUUGAGAAUAAAUAAGUUUGAUAGAAA